AUGGCAUCGGCUCAAGACCUCGCUCUCGAACGACUGCAGCUAGCUGCCACUGACCGUCGCGCGGACAAUGUUCGAUAUAGACAAGAUCAGCUCCAAGCCCUACACAAAGCUUUGAGAGAGGCGGCGGCAAGCAUUCUAUCGGACACCAUAUCGCAAAUAGACUCGGUUCUCCGGUCUCUCCUGCUCAAAGCGCUCGACUUCAAUACGUUCUGUAUUACCAAAACGGUUACGGACCAGUCAAUAUUAGACACUGGCAUACUGGUGGAUCAGACUGCCAGUGGCCCUCGCGCCACUCUUACCAAUCAGCUUCUCUCGUCGAGCAAGGCUAGGGCAAUAGCUGUUGUCGACCGGACAGCUAACAUCGAGGAGGCUGCAAAGGCAAUCGCAAAGGCUAGAUUCAGCUUUGGCGGUACUUCACCAUAUGCACCUGAUCUAGUAUUGAUCAACGAGUUUGCCAAGAAGGAAUUCUUCGAGGCCUGCUCCAAAUAUGCCACGCUAUCAUUUGCAAAGGAGAGUACGAUCAAGAAAACAAGUGGUAAUCAGAAUGAGGCGACUAGAAAAGCUGUCAAGGACGCGGAAGAUAGAAGACAGGUAUCGAGCUUUGGCUCAAAUGACUUCAAACUGGUCGACAUUCUCGACAAGUGGGUAUACUCCAUCUUUACAAAGACAUAA